UCUCGAGCUGAGUGCGCGACUGCUGCUGUACGAGAGUCCUGAGAGACAGUGCGCGAGGUGAAAACACUGAAGAGCGACCUCAACAACUUUCAUCAUUACUGGAAAUUAGGAGGAUUUGAGAGAGAAAAAAACUUUUAAUAGCUGUUUAUUUCUUGUCUUCCUUUAGUACAGUGAAAAAUAAGACUCCACUUUACGAUGAUUUCUGUCAAGUUUUUUGGCUUUGGGAGAGUUUGAAGACGAAGAUAACUUUCUUCGUUUAUUCAACGCUGGAGAUAACGGUCGAGAAUAACAAAUGAGGAAUAACGAGUGUCAACAUUAAUGUAAAUAAUAAAGCAACUCAAAUACUUGAAGAGAGAGAGAUACAUGAAGAGAAAGAAAAGACUUUUCCCCGCGAAACGGGACACUUGAAAGUUUGUUUUGCGCGAGCACUAAAAGAUGCAUCACUGAAACAACACUGGUACCGAGUGAUCAUUGCAGGGUAAUUUCUAGUCACCUGGCACCUGGUUCCAGAACAGAUGUCCAAGGAGGACCACAGCCACAGUGCCAACCCGCCCGAACAUUCAGAUGGAGCCCAACCCGACAGCCGGCCCCUGGAAACUCUCACCGACCCAUGCCCAGUAGGGAAUGAAACCGGUGAGCAGACAGCACAGAAUUCAAACACUCCACCCAUGGAAAAGACAGGAGACGUGGAGAAUGGCAACAACAACAACAGCCUGUCCCAACCAGACCUCACUAGCACUCCUGGCAAAAGCAUAAUAUAUCAACCUCAGGCACGGUCUACACCCAUACACCCCACGCUAGCUAGCUCGACCGAAUCGGCAGCGCUGCUGAGGAGAGACAGCAAGCCACACAGCAACGGGGUCAGAAACGGAACUUUUUCACGAGCCGUCUCGUCGUCGUCCUCAUCUUCAUCCUCAGCCCAUAAAAACCCCAAGAAGCUGCAGUCGAACCCAUCCAUCAACAGUCAGAGCAGCAAGAGGAGCAAAGGUAGCUCCAAAUCCAACAGCUCCCAGAUCCCCACAGAGGCUCAGGAUGAUUGCUGUGUCCACUGCAUCCUAGCCUGUCUGUUCUGUGAGUUCCUCACACUGUGCAACAUCGUGCUGGACUGCGCCACUUGUGGCUCCUGCGCAUCAGACGACUCGUGCUUCUGCUGCUGCUGCGCUUCAGAGGAAUGUGGCGACUGCGACCUGCCCUGUGACAUGGACUGCGGCAUCAUCGACGCAUGCUGCGAGUCUGCAGACUGUCUGGAGAUCUGCAUGGAAUGCUGCGGCCUUUGCUUUUCCUCCUGAGACUCCCAUAGGGGGCGCUGCCUCUUUCUCUGUUUUGAGACCUGAGAAGAAACAAGCUAAGAAUGACAUCAAUGAUCUGGAGUGUGUGAGUUACAGUCUAGUAGCUUUCUUUUAAACUGUCUUGCUAGGAGCAGGGUUAGUUGUCGUACACUAGCGGUGUUAUUCGGCGGUAGUCUUUAUACAUAUGAACUCUUUCUGGACUGAUUUCUGCUUAAAAUGUUUUGUUGAGUCUACAUUGGCAUGAUGCUGAAUACAAAUUCAUCCAAAAGACUUAUUGAGGCCACUGGGAAAGGUCCAAAAACAUCUGCAAAUGUCAGUGUUUGUUAGUUAUUUGAAAUCGUCUUAGUGCCAAGCUUUUGAUAAAUGCACAAUCCAGUGGUUUAAGAAUUCCACAAUAAUGCACACCAUAAAGAGCUUGAAUUGCAACUCAGAUGUGUUUUAGAAAACAAUGCAGUCUCCUAAAACUAUUCCAGCGUUGAAUUCUCAAGGAAGAUGUAUCCAAAGUAAUCCCAAAUAUCAUCUCUCAGUACGCACAUUUACUGUAGUACACUGGUGUAGUCCUUUGAGGAUUACAAAAGCCAUAAACUGUGAGUGUGAAACUCAUAGAUGUAUGCGAGUGGGAGAAAGAUGUGUGUAUUUAAUAUAUGGUGCGAUAUUAUAGUUGUAUCAUAGAUUGUAUAUAAACGUGAAGAGAAUCCUGACAGUCUCUACAUUUGGUCCUGUGAUGUUUUUAUCCUCACUCUUUCUAGCAUUUUCACUUCAUCAAUCAGUCUUCUUGCAUACUGGAAUAUUAUACUGUAAACCGUUGUGAAUUGCUCCAUUUUUUUUUUUUUUUUUUUUUUUCCAAAUGUGAAAUAUCUGUCUUGUAAUUCCAAAACUUUCCAUUUAAAUCAGUUUUGUGUGAAUUUAAAUGUUAGUUUUACAUAUCUACCUUUUUUUUUUUUUUUGAUGUAGUAAAUGCAUUAGCAGUAUUAUUUUUUCCUUUCCAAAAAAAAAAAAAAAAAAAAGAAA